AUGACGACGAUCGGCGGGAUCAGAUUCCUCCCUCUGGCCUUGCUCCUCCUCGCGCUCUCGAGUCAGUUAGCAGCGCACGCUAGAGUCCAGCCCGCGCCACAGGAGACCCUGGCGGAGAAAGCCGCGCGGUUGCGCGCAGCAGCGGACAAGGCAGCAGCCGCUUUGGACGCCGCGCAGUCCGUCGUGACCACGCGGCUUGAGGCGGAGCAGGCGGCAGCGGCGGAGGUUGAUGCAGCGCAAUUGGCGGCGCAAGGCGCGGCCGUGGCGUGGAGCACGGCUAAGAAGACAUCGGACACGAAGAUUAUUUCCGCCGCUAAUUCACGAAAGAGCGCGAAUGCCGCGAAGGCGUCCCUCGCUCCGAUAAAGAAGAGGGUUGAGUCAUAUACUGCCGCGCAAAACAAUGCCAAGACUGCUGAGAAAAACCUCGCGGACGCGACGACGAAACGCCAGAACGCGGAGGCCGCCGCCGCCGCGCAGCAGAACGUCGCGACCACCGCUUCCGCCGCCGCCACGGGCUUCAGUGCGCGGAGCCCCGCGGCGCAGAAGGCGGCGAAAGAGCAGAAGAGAGCUGCGGAGCUUCAAAAGAAUGUUCAAUCCGCGGCCAAGGAGGAGAGUAAGGCGUCUGCUGCGCUGACCAAGGCGCAAAGCGCCCUUGCUAGCGCCACGCUGACCCCGCAGGAGAAGGCAACGCUCGACAAGGCAAACGCGGCGGACGCUGCGGCGGCGCAGGCGGAAGCCGACGCCAGGGCGGCAGAUGCGGAGACAAAAGCUGCGGAGCAGAGCGUGAAGGCGGCCGCGGAGAAGGUCACCCGCGCAAAGAACAAGCGCGCCAAGGCGCAAGCUCUCCGCGUGGCCGCGGAAAAAGUGGCGGAGAAGGCGUCCGCGGAGGCGCAGGCUGCGGAAGACCUGGCUAUGGCGGCGGAGCAAGAGUGGGAGGCUUCGCAAACGCCCGCGCAGGGGUCAGACCCCGCGCCUGGAUCCGACCCUUCACCCCCUGGCAACGGUGGCGAUGGCGACGAUUGCGACGGCGACGACGAGGAUGAGUACGAGGACGACCACGGGCCGGGACAUGACGACCACGACCACGGGCCGGGACACGACGGACACGGCGGGAACGGAUGGGGCAAGGGCGGGCGCGGGGAUAAGGGCGAGGGGCAGAGGGGGAACGGUAACGGGUAUGGGAAGGGCGGGAGGUACGGGAAGGACUCUCUCGGGCUGCAAUCCGUGCAACCUGGGCAGGCGGCAGCGGGUGUAACGCCCUCUCUUAGCGCGGCAGUCCAGGCGACUCAGCAGCCGCAGGCCGUGGGGAGCCACUCCUUACUGAGCUGGCUCAUCGACUCGGCAGAAGCAUACGGUCGCUACAGAGCUCGUAAAGCCGAGACGCCCCUACAGAAAGCGGUGCGGCUCCGCGCGAUCGCCGACCAGAAGGCGGCGCAGCUCGACGCGGCGGAGCAAAUCGCGUCGCUGCUGCAGCAGCAGGAAGCCGACGCGCAGGAGAAUCUCGACACGGCGAAGACCGACGCGCAGGCGAUGGCGGCGUCGUGGGCGCAGGCGCGAACCGCGCUCGACAGCGCCAAGGCGGUCGCCGUAAGCGCGCGGAAGGCCGCUACAGCCGCGCGAAAGACUGUUGCGGGGAAGAAGCGGUACGAGGGUUACUCCAAGACGCAGGCGGCUGUAGCGGAGACGGAGCGGAAAUACAACGAGGCGAAGCAGAAGCGCGAGCAGGCAGACGCCGCGUAUGCCGCCCAGCAAGAUAUUAUGAGUCAGCUACAGCCGUCGAGCUACGGCGCGCAGGCGGGAUAUGCGCAGGCGUAUGGCGGCUCGCCGUCGUAUAAUAAGGAGCAGAAGAAGGCCAAAGAAUUGAAGAAGAAAGCCGACGAAGCGGCGAAAGAGGAAGCGAAAGCGGCGGCGAAAUUAGCGGCGGCACGGGCGGCGGCGGCGGCGCCGACCGCGACGCCGACGCCGGACGAGCAAGCCCAAUUCGAGUCAAUCCAGGCCUCGGAGGCGCUGGCGGCGCAGGCCGAGGCGCAGGUGAAAACAGCAGAGCUGGAAUUCAGGGCGGCGACCCAGAGCAUGAAGAAAGCCGCGGCGCAGGUGAGCGUGGCGAAAGAGCAGCUCAAGGCGGUAACCAAGAAGCGCGAUGCCGCGGACAAGCGCGUGGAGCGGCUGGCGGCAGAGGCGCAAAAGGCGGACGAAAACGCGAUGGCGGCGGAGCAGGAGGCGGGGAUUAGCGCGCCCGGGUCGGAAGAAUCGCCUGGUGAUGACGAUAACGAGGAUGAGGACGAGCAUGAGAACGAGGAUGGGGAUUCAGAGGAGGGUGAGCAUGCGGGCGCGAACGAGUGGAAAGGGUUGGACUCCUCAGCAGGUGCCACUGUUUCGCCGAACAGCGUGGGGCAGCCGUUGAUGGUGCGGGAUGUGCCUGUGCAAACCACAAGUCUGCCUGUAACGGGUGCUGCUGCCGCCCAGAUGCCGCAAGCAGGGCCGGAACCCACACGACCCACGGCGCCCAGCUACAUGUUCUAG